UCUUUGUUAAAAAACGUGAAUUUUAUGUUUAAUAAAAUUAUGCGAAAUAUGUGAAGAUAACAGGUAUUAGACGUGACUAUAUACGUGUAUAAUAAAUAUAUUGUAUGUUUAAGUUUUAGAAAACGUGUAUGAAAAACAAAAGUACACGCGAAUUAUUAUAUCACAAUUCAGUAUUACUGUAGUAUUUAUCAUAAAUGUCUAUGGAGUUUGAAAUUAGCUUUUUUGAUGGUCCUUUGCUAAUCAAGGUACUAAUUAAUCCGUCCAACUGUUCACAUUUUAACGGACACCUUUGUUUAUUUCUCUCUCAGCAUCAUAUCCACACCAUCACAAGGUUUUUAUUUUUAUUUUUUGAUACAAGUGAUUUUCUACACUGAACUCAUGUAAAGUAUUAAGGCGAAAUUCAUAUAAAUUACUGUACAAAAAUAUUUGAACUUAAAUGCAGAUGAGGGAGUAGAGUGUUCAGUCAAUUACCCAUGUCUGCUACACCAUCAAAAGGUAGGAAAAUGAUUUUCUCCGGAUCUCUUCCUCUUAAUCCAUUAAGUUCGAGGAUUCAGAUCAUUUAAAUUUGAUCAAACAGUUAAAGUUAUUAUAAUUUUUAAAGUAGGUCAUUGUUUGUAGUCGUUUCAUCAAAUUUUAAUAGCCCGGAUCCUUAGACUUGGUGAAUUAAAAGGAAGGGAUCCGAAGGAAGGGAUCCGGAGAUGAUCCCUUUCACCGGAUCCCUUUCCAAAAGGUAUUAUUUUCUUCAAAACCAAGACAAUAAUUAAUUUCUUUCAUAUUCAUAAAGAUUCCAAUUUGCUGAUUGGAUUUUUUAUUUAAUUUUUUUGGGUGCAUUGAUGAUGAUAUGCACAUUUUCCGGUUUAAACUCAAACCCGGAUUUUGUUGUGGAAGCUGGAGGCGGAAAGAGGAAACAUAAACCCUUCUGGGUCACAGCGCGGUGCCAAAUUUGGACAGAAAUUCAUAGUUCCCUCAUCUCUCCAUAUCUCAACUUUUCUUUUAUCAUUAAUUACCUUUUCAACGAUGGGACGAAUUUCCUUUUACAUGUCACAAAUUCUUUCAAUUGCCAGAUUUUCCUGGAUUCUGAUUUACUGCCCAUUUUUGGGAAGAUUUUUUUGCUUCGUUUCAAGGAGCAACAGAUUUGCUGCUUCCGUUUAUUUGCAGCAGGUUAUUCAUCUAGAAGCGUUAUGGAAGAGGGCAUGUCAAGAACGAUCUCAAAUGUCGGGGUGAAACGCGAUGUUGAAGAAGUUUGUGAUCCAAACCUUGCUGCGAAUGACUCAUCAGAUGGUGCUAGUAGGCAUGUAUCGAAGAGGUUCAAAGGCGUUGUUGAGCAGCCAAAUGGGCAUUGGGGUGCCCAGAUAUAUGCCAAUCACGAAAGGGUUUGGCUUGGCACGUUCAGUUCUGAGAAUGAAGCAGCUAUGGCUUAUGAUAGCGCUGCAAUCAAGCUUCGCGGUUGGGAGUGCCAUCGCAACUUUCCGUGGACCAAAGUCACCUUUGAAGAGCCACACUUUCAAAAUCAGUACUCCAAAGAAGCUGUGUUGAGAAUGAUCAAGGAUAGUUCCUACCAAGCUGAGUUCUUAGAAUAUCGAAAGAGUUGUGCUGCAAGCAAGAGUUUGAGGAGUGGUAUUCAAUUUGACAGCUUGGUUAGGGUGCAUAGCAAUGGAAAUGCAAAGAUGUUGAAUCGACUUCUUUUCCAAAAAGAGCUGACGCCAAGUGAUGUGAGUAAGCUGAAUAGACUUGUGAUACCGGUUACCAAUGCUAAACGGUGCUUUCCCAGCAUAUCGGAAUCCAUAAGUCAGAAGGUUGAGAGUGGCUCCAGCCAGCUGGUGUUUUACGAUAAGAUGAUGAGGUCGUGGACUUUCCGGUACUGUUAUUGGAAGAGCAGCAGGAGUUUUGUGUUCACCAGGGGUUGGAGUCGGUUCGUAAAGACGCACCAUUUGAAGGCCAAAGACAUUCUUACAUUCUUUCAGUGCCAUUACAAGCAAUUGGGGGACAAUGGUAACAAGGAGCCACAAACUUUUUACAUGGUUAAAGUUAACUGGGAUGGUGCUGAAAGCGAAGACGACAACAUUAACUGCUUGGUUGAGAAUGAUGCUAAUAAUUACCAAUAUGAUAAAUGUAAACUAGAAUCUGUAAGCCAAAAUAUUAAUGAAGCUGAAGGAAUCCGUGCUGAUCAAAAGAAACGUUUCAGGCUCUUCGGCGUGGAGAUCUGCAACGAGGUGGCGCAUUAGCCUUGAACGUGUUAUAGUUCACCCUUCAAUGCCUCAGAAUUUUUGUUUGAGCUUUUGCAGGGAAUAUCAUUAAUUAGGUUCUGAUUACUAAACAUAUAAAUCCGUCCCUUUAAACUUACAGGAUGUUAGACUGAAAUGGAUAAAGGUACUCUUAAUUGCUUUUUGAUGAGAAGUUUUGUUAUAUUUGAUGCAUGCUUGCAUAUAA